UAAAAAAAUGAGAGCACACGCAGUUACAGCUUUGUACGCACUUAUAGCUAUUUCGUGUUUAGGCUGUUCAUUUUGUGGCCUAAUAACGGAACUUGGCGAACCGUUUCAACAGGCCGACGAAGGUGUCAAUGAAGUGAGCGAUAUAUUACCAAAUGCAAACAUAGAUCCCGUCAUAGAUGCCAUACAAGUUAAUAAAAAUGACGCUGAACCAGUCGAUAUUUCUUCAGAUUUAAAUCCCGUCGCGGGCAUCAUCAGUCCUAUACCUGGUGAACUGGGUUUCUUUCAUAAGUUAAUCGCCAUACUAACCAAACUGCUGUCAUCGGUGAAACCAAACGAUUGUGAAGAGCAUAAAGAAGAUAACGACUCAACUACCGAAUCAGUGGAAUCUAAUGAGACAACUGAUGCACUUGACAAUGAAAACUCGACUGUUGUAGCUACCGAAAUACCAAUUGAUUCCGAUGCCGGUGAGUCUGCAACACAGGCUCCAGUCGAAAUAUCAGAAUAUGGUAGUUAG